CAUAUGAAACCAAGCCACAAGAAUAAAGAGAGCCUCAGAGGUGCCAAAGAAGAAUCUCAAGACAAAAACCACACAGAAAGAGAGAGAGAGAGAGAGAGAGAGAGAGAGAGAGAGAGAGAGGGGGGGAGGGAGAGAGAGAGAGAGAGAGGGAGAGCGAGAGAGAGAGAGAAAGAGAGAGAGAGAGAGAGAGAGAGAGAGAGAGAGAGAGAGAGAGAGAGAAGAAAAAUCAACAUCUGAUCUUAUAAAAGGAAGAAGUUCAACUUUUCUAGCUAUGGCUGAUGAGUUUCCCAUAGGUGGUGGAAACUGGUGGGAGUCGUCGAGAAACCGGUUCGAAAGCGGGUCGUCGGCGUCGUCCUCGGCGCCCCUCACUAGUAACUUGUUGGUCGAUCCGAACUUACAAAUGAUGGAUUUAAGCCUUUCUUCUCAAGCCAUGGAUUGGAACCAACCCUUGCUCCGUGGUGGGAAAGCUGAGACCAGUUUCCGAUCAGCAAUUCAAGAAGACUUGAACACGAGUGCGAGUUUUCGGUCAGAAAUCGGGAUGGAGUCCCCGGCGAACGAGUACAAGCAAAUCAACCGCGGUUUCUUACUGGAUCAGCCGCAGUUGAUGGAUCAAGCGGCUUACGGCAGCCCAUCAACGCUACUACAAGGGCUAUUGUCAACCGACCAUAAUCAGCAACAAGUGCAGCAACAGUCUGGUUUCGAUAAUCAGCCGAUGAACUAUCCGUAUCCAGCGAGUUAUGGGAUGAGCUCCGGUGAAGUACUGUUGCCGAAUUCUUGGUCUAAAUUUCCUAAUUUCCUAAGACCUAAUUCGCCUCCGAAACAACACCAAGCUCCCCCGAGCCAGCUGCAGUUUUCCAACAGCGGCCAGUUUUGGAACGCUAGCACUACUGAUGUCCGAUCAAGCUUUUUUCCAUCGUUGCAGUCUCAGUUUCCUCCACCGAGUUUCGAUGAGAAACCUAAGCAGAGCUGUACAUCUGAGGUUAAGGAGUGUAGCACAGUGGGGAAGAAAAGUAGUGGUAGUGAAGCAUCCAGCAAAAGGUCCCGGAGCGAAGCACCGGCACCUUUGCCACCUUUUAAGGUUAGGAAAGAGAAGAUGGGGGACAAAAUCACAGCUCUCCAACAACUGGUUUCGCCUUUCGGAAAGACUGAUACAGCUUCGGUGCUCUCAGAAGCAAUUGAAUACAUUAAGUUCCUCCAUGAACAAGUUAAUGUUUUAAGUACCCCAUACAUGAAAAGUGGAGCUUCCAUGCAACUCCAGCAGAAUCCUGGUAAAUCAAAGGAAGAUGAAGGACCGAAGCAAGAUCUCAGAAGUAGAGGGCUAUGUUUGGUGCCAGUUUCGAGCACCUACCCCGUUACUCACGAGACAACGGUCGAUUUUUGGACCCCAACAUUUGGAGGAACCUACAGAUAAAGAGGUAUCAAUAGAAGCCAUCAACAUAAGGGCAUGGGACCGAUUCGCGACCCCUGCAACUAGUAAAUAAGUUGGGGAACGAUAAAGAUCGAUAAAAGUGAAGAAGGGAACACCGACAUGGGGCCCAUACGACCGUGCUUUGGAAUUCGCGCUUCUUGCGAUUCUGGUUGCAUCAGCCGACGGGAAGAAAUGAAAAUAUACAGAAUUUCAGAACUGGGAAUCAGUAGCGGAUGGAAGAGGAAAAUAAGAUGAUGGAGAAAGAAAAGGAAAUGACCCUAUAAAGGGCAGAGGAGGAUUGCUGGGCCAGCUGCAAGCAAAAUGAUGGCUUUGGAAGAUAUUAGGGACUAGUGGACUCGAAUGUUUAGUCUUGUAAAAAUUGAAGAAUCAUGUUGAAAGAUUGGGGUUAGGGAUGAGAAUAUAUAGGUGUAUCUAGUAUGAGAGAAAAGACUUGUACUAGUUCAGGGGAAAAGUAUUCGAUUUUAACGGGAUGAUUGUAACAUUUUCGGAGCCUCUACAGUCACAUACAGUGUAAGGUCUAUCACGGAACGUAUAGAGUCCGUACAAGUAGGUGACUCUAAAGGCUCCAGAAUUAUUAGUUCCCGAGCACUAAAUACCUUCUUCUUCUUCUUCUUUUUUUGUGUAAUUUACAAAAGAAUUAGUUGUAGUUGAAUUUAGCAGAGGCUAAAGGAGCUUUCAUUGUUGUAUCACUUCUUCUUUUCUUUUUUUUUGCAAAGGGCUGGCAGUGCCUUUAGUUUAAAGGAAACAAAAAAGAUGAUAAGAAAUGAAAAGGAAUAAUUCAAUUCCA